GGCUCCUCUCAAGUUGAGAGAUGGCACCCAGAUCAGCUCCGAGUCUCUAUGGGGAAAUGGGAAGGGGGCCGUGGUGUUUGCGGUCCGGAGACCCGGGUGAUCUUUGUGCAGGGCGGAAGCCUCGAAGCUGUCCGCUCUGAGUGAAGAGAUGGAGGCCAAUGGCUACUCUCUCCACGCUGUGCUGCACGAGGAGCUAGGCUGGGAGGAGUUUGCAACUCUGUUCCAUCCACACCCCGUCUACCACGACGUCCAACGUCGGUUCUAUGGGCCCGACUUAAGACGAGAGAGCACGGCGAAGCUGCUGAAUCCUUCUGUGAUGAAAAAGGUGUUCCAGUCGCUGGGCUCGUGGGGAAACUUGAAAGGCGAUGGUCUUCUCAUGGGAUCCGUGUUUGCAAUCUCUUCCUCCGGAGUUAUUUUUGAGCACCGAGAAAAAACCUUCGGAGACGAAGCGGACAGAACACAACUCAUAGAAGCGAUUAAACAGCACAAGCUAAACUAAUACUCACUUUGCCUUCAGACAAAAACUAACCCAGAGAAGCGUCAUAUCCCCUCAGAAUCAGUCGCUAGUUGUCUGAACACUUGGUUUUAUUUGGAUGAUGAUGUCUGACCGAAUGACGAAUGCUGAUCUAACCCGAAGCGGAAAGGGAGACUGCAAUCCGACAAAUUUCAGACGCUCAUCUGAAUUUCUAUGUGCUUCUUGCAUCUGCGAUGUGUAUUUGUGUAGAGUUUAAUAGUUAGCCAAUAUUUUCUACAUGAAUUAAUUUUAAUUGAAUAUUUUAAAUAU